AUGUUCCCAAAUUUCGCCUUCGCUCACUUCCCGCUCUUCUUCCUUCUCUCUCUCGCUCCCACUGCUCCUCGAAACCCUAAUCGCUCACAUCAUCGAUGGUCGUCUGAGCUUGAUUUGAGAUCUAUGGCCAGCUCCAGAGAUGUUCAAGAUGUCAUCUCCAAGCUUUCUUCUGACAAAGCGAAGACCCGAGACGAGGGUGUGAGGCUUCUGAGUAGCUGGUUGGAAGGCGAGAGAUUGAUUGGAUUUUGCAAGCUUCUUGGUCGAAACACUGCUAAGAUCAAGGCUGAUGAGAUGCCUCAUGCUGAAACUUGGCCUUUUCUACUCACACUGCUCAUGAAAUGUAUAAAGCUGGAGAUAUCUUCGAGCAAGAAAAAGCAACCGAAGUUGCUAUAUGCCAAGACUCUUAGAAUUGCAAUUCAAUGUGCAGAAGAUCCAAAGCUCUCAGGCAAAAGGCUAUCUAUUUUCCAUGUUGCUAAAGUGCUGUUCAGUCACAUAUUGGAAGUAUUAAAAGAUGCUCCUAUUUUCCAAAUGGAGUAUAAUAUCAUUCUUCGUCACCUCCUGGCUGUCAAUGAGUACCGAUAUCAGAUGAGGAAGCGAGUUUACUGUAGUCUAGUUAAUCUUUAUAUGAAUAAAGUGGUCUCAUCCAUUGGAGUGAAAUUAACUGCUCAAUCUGGGUCCAAAGAGGAAAGUUUCCGUUGUGUCCUGAUGCUUCAUGUUCUCUUGGAAAAUCCUCCUGGAGAUUUUCCAGACAACAUCAGGGAGGAUCUUAUUGAUGGUUUUAUUGGAAUUUUUGCCCAUGUAAGGGAUGAAGGAAAGAUUUCACGUAAACUCAUGGAUUGUGUUAAUACAUACUUGUUGAAAGAUGGGCCAAAUCUCGGAUGUAGAGCUAAAGAUAUUCAUGCUGCUUUACAAGGGUUUUUGUUCUCUUUCUGGUUGACCACUCAUGAUCGAGGACUAAAGAAUUCAUUCAUUCUUUAUGCAAGGAUUCAGCUAAAGCUUGGGAGAAGUAUUUUAGAUGAAACUGAACUAAUUGGGCAACUUCUUGAUGUUAUCUCCAAAGAGCUGGACCAUAGCUCUAGUAUUAGUAGUGGUGCAAUUCCUCGGACUGAUAUAUCAAAGGAUGAAAAGAUUGGGAAUUUGGGAAGCCAACAAGGUUUAAUUGAGCUUGCGGCCACAGUUUUUUAUCAGGCUUGCAUGGGUUUCACAAGGAUUUCUUGCCAAGGGAAGCGAUUGAAGAUGGAGGAUGUUGCGACUCGUCUAAAGGAUGGGCUCAUGAAAGGUUCAGGGGUUUGGACUGCUGCAUUUUACUUUCUUAUUCACAGCUAUGGCUUACGUCUGGACAAAUCUUUACUAAUUGACUGGUUUCAAGGUGCAUGUGAAGUUCUGCAAAGGAUUUUGAAUGAUUCAAAGACCAUGUAUUCUCAUGAUAACAUUUUGUGGCUCUUGUGGACUUUUCAGGAGCUUUUAUUUGUGCUUUGUCCCAGUUCAGAUGAGCAGCUUCCACAACAUCUGUGUUAUACUUCUGGCGAGACUGCUAAGAUUCGAAAUGCUUGGCAUGUCAUAUGGAGCUGUCUAAUGCAUGGAUUACCGAUGUUUAGCAAGGUUGCAUCAGUAGCUGAUGCUGCUUUAACACUACUUGGCAAUAUGACUUUAACAGAGCAAAUAGGAGCAGCUGUUGUUCCUCAAGAUGUGUGGAACCUGCGUAUUUUUAAUAAUGUUCCGUCUCUGUCAGCCUUGUAUUUUGUUGCUUGCUAUUUCUCAAAAACAGGUGUCCAGGGUGAUCUUCAAAAUGUUAUUUAUCUUAGGAAAAGCUUAUUGCAAGCCAUAUUGGAUUUGGUCAACUUCAAGGAACCUGCCAAUCUUAAUGAGCAAUCUGUCUUGCUAAAUCCCGGGCGCCAUUUGUUUUCUCUGCAGCUGUUGUGCUCCAUUUCGUUUCGAGAUAAAGUAGGUGAGUAA